CAUCAUUAGAACGCUGGACCAGGAGCUGAUCUGAGGCAGGCCUUACAGCCAUCCAGACGAUGGAGGAGGAGGAGCACAGAGCAGCAUUUCCAGCACCCAGCUGUGUGUCUGUGAGGAGUGACUGGUCCAAAGACACACCUCCAUACUUCAGUAAUGAAGCUGCACCAAAAAUCCUUACAGCCAUCCAGACGAUGGAGGAGGAGGAGCACAGAGCAGCAUUUCCAGCACCCAGCUGUGUGUCUGUGAGGAGUGACUGGUCCAAAGACACACCUCCAUACUUCAGUAAUGAAGCUGCACCAAAAAUCCUUACAACCAUCCAGACGAUGGAGGAGGAGGAGCACAGAGCAGCAUUUCCAGCACCCAGCUGUGUGUCUGUGAGGAGUGACUGGUCCAAAGACACACUUCCAUACUUCAGUAAUGAAGCUGCACCAAAAACAGAGACGAAGAGGAGCGGUGUCUGUGUGGAGGAGCGGCCGUCCUGCUGUGCUUCGUGUCAGGACGUCCUGAAGGAUCCGGUCUCUACCAGCUGUGGACACUGGUUCUGCAGACAGUGCAUCUCCUCAUACUGGGACCAGUCUGCUUCAUCAGGAGACUCCUCCUGUCCCCAGUGUGGACAAAGAUCCAGAACCAGAGCUGGACUGCAGACAGCCAGUCAGAGCAGCUGUGGACAAACAGAUGCUGGUCUGCAGGAGGUUUUAGAGGAACAUAAGAUCAGUCUGAGGAGGAGAUGUGAACGUGUGACUGAAGGAAGUGAUCAAACAGGAAGUGGAACCCUCCUGAACAGGAUCUACACUGAGCUCUACAUCACAGAGGGACAGAGUGAAGAGGUUCAUACCCAACAUGAGGUGAGGCAGCUGGAGACAGCUUCCAAGAUGGACGCCCUCCAUGACAGUCCAAUCAGGUGCCACGAUAUCUUUAAAGCCUUCCCUGACCAACAGAGACCCAUCAGAGUGGUUCUGACCAAUGGCGUCGCUGGCGUUGGAAAAACCUUCUCAGUGCAGAAGUUCAGUCUGGACUGGGCAGAGGGCUUGGAGAACCAACAUGUCAGUGUGGUGAUGCUGCUUUCAUUCAGGGAGCUGAACCUGAUCAGAGAUCAGCAGUACAGUCUUCUGGAGCUGCUCCAUGUUUUCCAUCCAACAUUACAGAAGGUCCCAGCAGAGAAGCUCGCUGUCUGGAAGCUUCUGUUCAUCUUUGACGGCCUGGAUGAAAGCAGACUUUCAUUGGAUUUCACCAACAGGAAGCUUGUGUCUGAUGUCACACAGAAGUCAUCAGUCAGCGAGCUGCUGACAAACCUCAUCGAGGGGAAGCUGCUUCCCUCGGCUCUCGUCUGGAUAACUUCCCGACCUGCAGCAGCCAGUCAGAUCCCUCCUAGAUGUGUGGACAGGCUGACAGAAGUACGAGGCUUCACUGAUGCCCAGAAGGAGGAGUACUUCAGGAGGAGAUUCAGUGAUGAAGAGCUGUCCAGCAGAAUCAUUUCCCACAUGAAGACAUCCAGGAGCCUCCACAUCAUGUGCAGAAUCCCAGUCUUCUGCUGGAUCACUGCUACAGUUCUGGAGCACAUGUUGACUACUGAGCAGAGAGGAGAGCUGCCCAAGACCCUGACUGACAUGUACUCACACUUCCUGCUGGUUCAGACAAAGAAGAAGAAGAACAAGUACCAUGAGGGACAUGAGACGAGUCCACAGGAGCUGACGGAGGCUGACAGGGAAGUUCUUCUGAAGCUGGGGAGGCUGGCGUUUGAACAUCUGGAGAAAGGAAACAUCAUGUUCUACCAAGAAGACCUGGAGCAGUGUGGUCUGGAUGUGACAGAGGCCUUGGUGUACUCAGGAGUUUGUACAGAGAUCUUCAGAAGAGAGUGUGUGAUCUUCCAGAAAUCAGUCUACUGCUUUGUUCAUCUGAGCAUUCAGGAGUUUCUGGCUGCAGUCUACAUGUUCCACUGUUACACCAGCAGGAAGAUGGAGGUGCUGGAGGACUUUCUGGGGAAAGAAUUUGAUCAGUCAGCUCUGGAUGAUUUGUUGAUGAAAACAGUAAUAAAAUCCUUCAGGAGUAAAAAUGGCCACCUGGACCUGUUUGUUCGCUUCCUUCAUGGCCUCUCUCUGGAGUCCAACCAGAGACUCUUAGGAGGUCUGCUGGGUCAGACAGAGAACAGUCCAGAAACCAUCCAGAGAGUCAUUAAGAACCUGAAGGAGAUGAAGACAAAAUCCUCUCCUGAUAGAAGCAUCAACAUCUUCCACUGUCUGAUGGAGAUGAACGACCUGUCAGUACAUCAGGAGAUCCAGAACUUCUUGAUGUCAGAGAACAGAUUAGAGGAUCUCUCUGAGAUCCACUGCUCAGCUCUGGCCUACAUGCUGCAGAUGUCAGAGGAGGUUCUGGAUGAGUUGGACCUGAGGAAGUACAACACAACAUGGGAGGGACGACUGAGACUGAUUCCAGCUGUGAGGAACUGCAGAAAGGCUCGAAUGACUCUGUGUAAACCUUUAGUGACUCACUGUGAAGUUGUGGCCUCAGCUCUGAAGUCCAACCCCUCCCAUCUGACACAGCUGGACAUGAGUGAAAAUGACCUGCAGAAUCCAGCUGUGAAGCUUCUGUGUGCUGGACUGGAGAGUCCAAACUGUCGACUGGAGACUCUGAGACUGGAGGGCUGUUGUUUGUCAGAGAUCAGCUGUGAUUAUCUGGCAGCAGCUCUGAACUCCAACCCCUCCCAUCUGAGAGAGCUGGACCUGGGUAACAGGUACAAGUCCUCAGGCCUCAACAACAAGCUGCAGGAUUCAGGAGUGAAGCAGCUGUGUGGUUUUCUGGAGAGUCCACGAUGUGUUCUUGAAACUCUGAGAUUGGGGUACUGCGGUUUGACAGAGAUCAGCUGUGAUUAUCUGGCAGCAGCUCUGAAGUCCAACCCCUCCCAUCUGAGAGAGCUGGACCUGAGAAACAACAAGCUGCAGGAUUCAGGAGUGAAGCAUCUGUGUGGUUUUCUGGAGAGUCCACGAUGUGUUCUUGAAACUCUGAGAUUGGAGAGCUGUGGUUUGUCAAAGAUCAGCUGUGAUUAUCUGGCAGCAGCUCUGAAGUCCAACCCCUCCCAUCUGAGAGAGCUGGACCUGAGGGGAAAUAACCUGCAGGAUCCAGAUGUGAAGCAGCUGUCUGAUCUUAAGGAGAGUCCACACUGCAGACUGGAAAAACUGCAGUGGCGAGGAUGGUAAACAGGACGGUGUGUGUGCUGAGAGAGGAGGAGCUGUGUCCUGAUGAUCCAGAGAGGUUGAAGCAGCAGCAGCUUGUGUGCAGAGUGCUCUGACUGGGCCAUGUUACUGGGAGGUGGAGUGGAGAGGAGAGCUUCAUCCAGCAGUGACUGACAGAGGAAUGAGAAGAAGUGCAGAUGACUGUCAGUGCUGCAGAGUGAACUGCUCUGAGAACAGCUCCACUGUCAGAAACAAUGUAGAGUCCACCAUCAUCCCUGUGUGUCCCUGUGGAUCUGCCAGAGGAUCAUCAGUGGAUCUGGAUGCUCUGCUGCUGCUCUGUCCUUCUACACAGUCUCUGCAGAGUCUCUGUCUGACACUGGCUUCAGCUUUUCAGGCUUCAUUCUGGAUCACACUCAGGAGAACAUCACCUGGAAAGGCCUCCAACAACAUCUCCAUCACAGACACAAUGUUUUUAGGACUUACACAUCAGGUUUUGGUGCUUGGAGAUCAAAUAUGUGCCCAUCCAUAAGUUUCAAUGUUUUCCUUAAAGUAGUUUUUCAUAUAUUAGCAGAACAUUAAUAUUGAUACCAACCGUCUGUCUCACCUGCUUCAUUUAUAUCGUCCAUCAGGUCAAAAUUGUUCAGCACAUGAAAAAAGUGUGAAAAUCUGUACUGGUAGAUUUUUUUUCUGCUUUUUCACAUAAUAACAGGAAACGGGAUCUGA